AUGAUCUCCAACAUCCUGCUCCCAAUUGUCUACACGCUUCUCUCCUACGUCUUGGUUUACGUCGUGCGAAUCCUGUACCGCAACUGGACCUCGCCUCUUAAAUUCGUCGACGGCCCGUCCUGUGUCAAUCCCAUUCUGGGACACCUUCAACUGAUAUCGGACAAUCCCGGGAUCACGAACGAAUGGAGAGCCCAAUACGGGCCGACGUUCAUGGCCAAGGGCAUGUUUUUUGUGCGUUCAUUGAUCCCCCUGGACACUCUGUGCUGUAGCGCUCAUGUACCACAGAAGAACGAGCUACACACAAAGGAUCUCAAGGCGGUGGCACAUAUCGUCACUCACGGCGCGCUCUAUCAGAAGACGCAUACAUCGCUGGGAAAUCAACGGCGGAUUCUCGGGGAAGGGAUCCUGUCCGUCGAAUUGGAUCCUCACAAGCGACAGGCAAGCCAUCCUAUGUCAACAAUGAGUGUCCUGCCCUGCCUUUUGCGACAGCACUUGGCCUCUGAUCAUUUCAUCAAUAACCCCGCAUUUGGUAUUCCACAGAUCCGGGCUAUGAACGAAAUUUUCGUUGAGAAAGGGAACAUGAUGCGCGAUAUGUUGACCAAACGACUCAGAGACAAUAGAGGUCCCGCGACAAUCGACCUAUCAAGCUGGUUCCGCCAGGUAACUCUGGACAUCAUCGGCCAAGCUGGAUUUGGAUAUCAGUUCAAUGCUCUCCAGACGCAUGGCAAAGACGAAGCUGAGCUUGGCACAGUCUUUCGGCAAUUGUUCCAUUCUCCGAAGGCCAAUCUGUAUCGGUCAAUCCAGUUGGCUCAAGUCCUGGUGCCAGCAUUGAAACUGCUUCCUCUUCCCGGAUCGCACGUCACCUGCGUUGCCCAGACAAGACUCCGGGCAAUCGGAAAGACCUUGUUCUACGAGUCCAAAGCCAAAUCAGCGUCUAUCAGCGACGGAAAGGGAUUAAACCGCGGGCGGGAUCUUCUGUCGCUCCUCAUCAAGGCGAACAUGUCAGACGAGAUUCAGGCCAGUCAGCGCCUGACUGACGACGAGGUCAUCUCACAAAUUGCGACUUUUGUCUCCGCAGGACACGAGACUACAAGUACAGCAUUGUCCUGGGCGGCUCACGCGCUGUCCCAGAAUCCUGAGAUCCAAGACAAGCUGCGGCAGGAGCUGCUCUCGCUCCCGACGGACAAUCCAUCCAUGGACAAACUCAACUCGCUCCCGUUCCUCAAGAACUUUGUUCGGGAGACAAUGAGAUUGUACGCUCCGGUGGUGUUCCACCUAAGGAACAUCCGCCGCGGAGGGUACCCCCCCCUGUUAGGGGUCAAAAUUCGACUGAUUUGGGUACCUAACAGGGGGGGUACCCUCCGCACUUUUGGCCAUCCUCCGCACCAAAACCUCCGCAAAUGGGUGCCAAGCAUCCGCAACAAGCCCUGUAACCAGCUGCGGAUCCAUCCGCUCCUGGCUCUCCCCGUGAUCGUUGUGAUGCCAUCAUGCAGGCCAUCCACGGACCAUGUCAUGUGA